AUGACCGAUCAGGAGUCGGUGAAAAGUGUGGAGACCCUGCAAAUCACGGGCUUCCCGACCAUCCUCCUUUUCCCUGCCGGGGCAUCUCCCAAGCGGCAUGUCAUGUAUCAGGGCUCUCGGCAGCCAGAUGACAUGAUACGGUGGCUGCACCAGGAGUGCGCCAUUAGCUUCGAUGACAGACCGCCCGCACCCAAGGAGGGCGAGGAUCCCGUGGAAAGUGGGCUCCUGGACCCAGAUGAGGAGGACCUCUGA